AUGCACAGGACACCCCCCGGCACCCCCAGCAUCAGUCAAGACGGUACUAGAGGAGAUCAGAUUCGAAAUCCGCAGCUCAAUGUGCCACCACUCGACGUGCUUCGGCCCAAGCUGCUACCGCUCGACGAGCUUCCACUCAAGCUGCUACCACUCGACAUGUUGCCGCUAGACCUGCUUCUCCUCGACGUGUUGUCGCUCAACGUGCUGCCGCUCGAUGUGUUCCCUUGCCAGCGGACACAAAAGCGCCCAUCCUUCGCAUGGUCUCGAGACACCUCUCCUUCGACACCCUCACUCCACUAUUCGACGAGGUCGAGCCCCCUCGGCAUCUUGAUUCAAGCAGGAGAGAUUACAAUCGGACCUCAUACAAUGGAUGCCAAUUGGAUAAUGCCGUUUCUUUAUAAAGAAAAUGUUGUCAUGGACAUGAGAUGGUGGGUCAAGAACGCAAGUCUGCUGGAAACUUGCACAAACGCUGGGGACCGAGGCCGCAAGAGGGGCGGCGUCUAA